AUGGCUGAAGCUCAUCAAAAGGCGCACGGUUCAAAAGAGGAUGCCAGUGCCUUCUUUGAAACACUAGCAACAGAUAACAAUACAGCAGCCGCAGUCGGUUCUCCGCCUCGGCAACAACAAGAGAGAAACCCAAACCAAGCCCAGCAGCCAGAGGUGGCAAACAAUGAAGACGAAGAAAUGCAGCAGCUUGGGCAAAAUCAUGACAACAACAACGAUUUUUCCACUGAUUUGGUCGGUGAUAGUGACCUAUCCGAGGGAAGCUCUGACAAGGACCUUGAUUCUGCCGAAUAUGGAGGAGGAUAUCGGGAAGCAGUCAAGACCUACAAGAAAGGAAUCAAGAAACGUGUUGUUCUACCGAUUGUAUUGUACAUUGAUGGUGCCGACACUGGAGCAAUGAAGAGCAUGCCUGUCACUGCUGUUAAGAUGGCUCUUGGUAUUCACACACGGAAGUACAGAGAUCAAGACCAGGCCUGGAGAGUGUUGGGUUUUGUUGCCUCCGCCAAGAAAGCAAAGGCCAAGGGGGGGAAAAUUCUGAAGCAAUCAGGUCAUGUUGCUGCCCAGCAAGCUACUAGUAGUAGUAGUAGUACGGCAUUGGAAGAAGAUGACGACGACGAGGAAGAAAGCAAAAAGGUGGCUGAUGAUCAAGGCAAGCCAGCUGAUUUUCAUGCCAUGUUGGAUGUGAUUCUAGAGAGUUUGGUUGAUGUUCAGAAGCGUGGUUUCGUCUGGGAUUUGCGAUAUAAGGGCAGGACUUGGAAGGAUCUGGAGUUUGUCCCCUAUAUCGCCUUUGUGAAAUGUGACAACAAAGAGGCCGAUACCCUUUGUGGUGCCUACAACAACUAUGGAAAGGUCCCAUUAGCACUAGAGGAAUACACGGUGCUACUCCAUCAGAAUUGCUCCAUCAGGUCCUCCUCGGUCUUUUUGCCUACGUUCGUGAUGUGCUUUAUGAGCAAGUUGGUCCUGAUUCACAUUGUGCUCAAGAAAUUGACAACCUGGCGCAGCUGUUUGGUGGCACACAUUUUGCCCGACAAUGUGAAUCAGACAUGCCAUUGUACAACUGUACAGAUGGGAUCCGUGAGGGCAGGAUCACUGCAAAAGAGUACCGGGGUGUGUUGCUUGCCAUGA